UCAACUACUUUUGAACAUACGAUGCCCCUUCCCACCCGGGUCUUGGUCAAGUCCCACACCACACACCACCAAAUAUUUCUUCCUUCCUUCUUCUUCUACUACGUGGCUUCAAUCCUUACGCUCCAUCGCUACAUCACUCUUUACCCUUUCGUGGCUCACCUUCACUCUCCCACCCAUCCCUCACAAACAACACAAAUGUUUUUCUUUUUCUUUUUCUUAUUCUUUUUUGGAUUUAUAAUAAGUUCUCCUACUUUGGAAACGAAACCAACGAAUUAAUGUAGUUACACAUCCAUUUCAAACCUAUGCACACUUUUGCUUUUUUCUUUUAAUAAAUGAAAAAAAAAAAGAGAAAGAAAUGAUCAGUUUAAUGCCAAAAUAUUUAUAUACGGGUCCUGACCCCACUCUGGAAUUGUAGACACCUGUAAGGAUGUGACCUGUGCACCGUAAUAAUAAUAAAAAAAAUAUCGUACGAGUAAUUAGGGUGAGGUGUGGUGAGGUCCAUGCUUAAAUGGGUGGACGAUAUGAGUUGCAUGUGUGUAUUAGCAACCCAGGCGGAAAUUAAUGGGGCUAUAAAUGAAGGCUAUACCCUUUGGCUUUUGGUUGACUAUUAUGAUAUCAGCACAACUCUCUCCUCUCUCUCAUCACAAUUGAGUCAGUUGUUACAAAUCUAUAUACUUUGUAGCCAACGUUCAGAUCGAUCUCCGGCACCUAAUUAAGCACUUGAAUUUGAUAAGAAGGAACCAGGUGGUGUGGUAGAGGUAAACAAUUAUUAGUGUGGAAGCUCGAUCGAUGGAUACUAGUGGGUUUGUAGAAUUGGUAUGGGAAAAUGAUGAGAUCGUGAAACGACGUCCGUGUCCAUCAAACUUCAUAUCAAGUCAAAGGUAUAGUGAUAAUAACACUACUGAAGUUCCUCAUGUUGUUGUUGGUGGUGGUGGUAAUAAGAGAGCAGGCAAUACUGCUACUGCUGUUCCCACAAGGAACGUGUUUGAGCUAUUCUCAUCGCCAAAGCAGUUACCUAAUAAAUCUAAUGGCGCCUGUGGCCGUGGUGACUAUGAUGAUGAUGAUGAUAGUGAUAAUCAUCAUCGAUCUAAGCCUAGGCCAGUACUUUUACUUAAUAAGGACUACUUGAACAACAAAUCUAGCGAGCGGGAUCUACAACCACCGCCGGAACGUGUACUGAUAAUGAAGAAUAAUAAUAAUAAGCGGGUAGCUGUUGAUGAUGAUAAUUCUAUGUGCUUGGUCCCUGAUAAUCAUCAACCCCAUGAUCAAUACGACUAUCAUGAUUAUGAGGACUACCCCAAAAACCAAGAAGAAGCUGCACUUGUUCCCUCUUUACAUUCCAUGGGAGCUUCAAAUGAUUAUCAUAAUAAUGGAUUACCACUACUUCACACUACUACUACAGCUACUACUACUACUACUACUACUACUACUACAACUGCUACUACUUCUAAUACUUCUACUACUUCUACUUCUCUUGAACAAGACCAAGACCAAGAACUACAACCUCUCCCAAGAAAAAGAUCUGCAAAACUUCAUAGUUUGUCCGAAAGGAGGCGAAGAGAUAAGAUCAACAAGAGGAUACGCACCCUAAAAGCCUUAAUACCCAAUUGCAACAAGGUUGACAAAGCCUCCAUACUCGAGGAUGCCAUAGAUCAUCUGAAGUCACUUCAGUUUCAAUUACAGAUGAUGAUGUCGAUGGGAACGGGACUUAAUAAUGUCAUGAAUCCAAUGAUGGCACAAUAUUUGAUGAGUUAUUUCUCUCCAAUAAUGGCAAUGGCAAUGGCAUCAUCAUCAUCACCGCUUGUUGGUUCUCGAUUAGGAGGAGUGCAUCAGAUGUAUGGGUUCCCCUUCCCCCAAGGUGUUUCAUCUUCAGCUUCUCAGACAUCACAGUCUUCACCUCCAAUAUUCACGAGGCCUUGGCAUGUAUCACCCUCUUCUUCUUCUUCUUCUCCUCAAAUUCCACCAUCAUUUCCAUUGUCCUACUACUACGCACCACAAAACAACUAACACUUAACCCACAAUAUUCACGAGACAUGACCUUUCUUAUUGUAACACCCAACCCAUCGAAAGGGCCAAAACUAGUCGUGCUUACUUGUUCAUAUCUAAUAGUUAAUGCUUUGAAUGUAAAAUGUUCAUAUUUCUCAUUUCAAGUCUUAGCAAUCUGCUUUGUUUAAAAGGGAACCAAGAACUGGAGCAACUCCACAUUUAUUUUUCUGUUUGUGGGUACACUUCUGUAAUUGCAUGUUAUAAUGAAAUAAAAUGGCUCUUCUUCUUCUUUA